AUGAAGUUGAGAUAUAGUGAGCCUGGUUCUGAGAAUAAAAGAAUUAAUUAUUUUAAGCUAAACUAAGGGUAUGAUGUUACAGAAGAUGAUUCAGAAUAUGUAGAUGAUUAAGACUCAUACAAGGCAUUCAAAAAAAUUAGGAAAUACAAAACUAAAUCAAAAAAAGAAAAAAUGUACAUUAUGUUAGCUAAUUAGAACGGUGUGAUAAUUUGGAAGUGUUGUUAUAAUGGAAAAAAUCAAUUAAGUGCCAAUCUUAUGAAACAGAUCAAAGAAGGUAACCAUUAAUUGUUUAAAUUAAGAAUUAUUGUCCUUAAAAAGAUUCUAGGAACAGAUCUUUCCCAAUAUGUCAAAGGUGUUUAAGGAAUUUUUAUUGAUAAUCUUUUUAGAAAAGAUUUAAAAAACUUAGAUCUUUCCAAAAAGCUGAUUUCUAAUGGAAUUCUAUUUAUUUGGUCUGAUAAAGGACUUAUUAAUGAAAUUCUUGAAAUUAUGGAGAGUAAAGGAUUUACCUACAUUGAAAAUUUAGUUGUAGUACAAUUAAGCCUUGAGAAAGCUUUAGAGGAGUUGAAUAAACAUAUGAAAAUUGAACAGACUGAAGAGGCUGUAUUAGAUAAUCUUAAUUUUUUAUAACAAAAAGUUUAAGUAAAGGAUUUGAUAGUAAAUUGUCCUUCUAAAGUCUUAAAUUAAUCUAAAUAAGUGUUGAUAAUGUUUAGGAAAUUUGAUGAAUAGAAGACCUAAUUAGAAUUAAGACAUUAAAGAACUCCUGAUGUCUUGUUUGAUUUUGUUAGCAAUGGAAAAAAAUCUGAAAAAUCAAAAGAGUAUAUUUAUUAAACAAUUGAAACUUUGCUUCCAAAGUCACAAUUAAUGGAGAUUUUUGCUCAGAGAGAUCAACCUAGAAAAGAUUGGAUCAGUGUUUGUGAAAGUAAAUGA